AUGUGGCAAAAUAACAAUAGCGUAUCUUUUGUUUUAGGCAUAAAUAACACUUCACAGUCAAUGGGAGUUGGGCAACAUCACCAUCCGGUAAACCACACCAGACCAUUUUUCUACGUUCAGCCACCAUCUCAGCCUUAUCACAUGUAUCAGUGGCCCAUAAAUCCAUAUGGUCACUAUGGCUUUCCAGGGCCAGCUUUGCACUUUGGCCGUCCCCACUUGGCCCCUUAUCAGUUUAUGCAGUAUCCUGGGUAUGUGAUCCCACAUGCACCCAUGCAGCCAAUUGAUUACAGAAGAAUCAGCCCCCACUUCCCCUCCGUUGCGUCGUAUGAUUUGCGAGUCCGCCACCACUUUCAACCUCAGGGUACGCAGCGUGAGACUGCCUGUUCUGAGGUCCAAACAGACCCUAGUGAUUCAGUCAACAAACUGAUAGACAAAAUAGAGAGUCUCAAGGCCUGUGAACAUAAAGCAGGUGACAAGGGGUCUAACAUAGUGGUCUCCUCUACUCCUGAUAUGAUUCAGGAGGAGAAACAGCUGACAUAUUUGAAUGAAGAGUCCAAAUUACAACUUGCAUCUCUGGAAGGCAAGGAGGAGAAGGUCAAUCAAGUCCGGCCCACAACCUUCAGUGACUCUGCAUAUGAUGCAGAGUCAAGCCAAAGUAGACUAGAUGAAUGCAUGUUUUCGGAUGUGCUGCCUCUUGACAGUUCCUCUGUCCAUGAGGAAGUGGUUGUGAAUGAGGAUGAUCAACAGAGUGUUGCUGAUGAAACGUGCUGCCAAAAUGAGAUGUAUGCAACCAAUGCCACUGAUGACGUGUUUUGUUGUAGUGCUAAAAGCACUUCCGAUCCAUCAGAGAGCCAUGAUUUGGAAAAGGCUGCCUCAAGUGAGGGUGUGGCCUCUGAGCAGGUUCAAAAUGUUUCCACUGAUGCUACGGCUGUUAUGGAACCUCUGAUAAACCUUUCUGAGGAUUUUAACCUACCAUAUCAAAUUCUUCGCCUGCCCUGCAAUAGGACCACAACUGGCCUCAGUCUUGAACGAGAGAUUGACCCACUUGUAUACUUUGAUUCUCUAUCUACUCUAUUGCCUUCCCAAAACUAUUUGUCCUCAAUUGGCGGUGCAUAUUCCUACAGCUACUACCCUCCGGUGGCCCAAGAGCGUCAGAGUGUUCUGAGUCCCUCCAUAGAUGAACUAUCCUCCAGAGAUGAGAUGUUCUCUACUGAUGUGGAGGAUCUUGAUCUCUUACCUGGACAUGUGUAUGUGGGUGGUGGCAGACUGGCUGAAACCAGUGAUGUGCCCAUUCGCUCACGAAAAGAGCUCUUGAGGAGUGUAGAGAGAACUUGCUUGGUCUGUCAGAAAACAUGUUCCUGCUGUGGCUCAAGCCUACAGGAUAAAGGAGUGGUGAGCAAAAAGCCAGAACUCUGCAGCUACCCUGAGAGGGAUGUUGCUAAUGAGGUUUCUGAUCAAGAUUGUGAGUAUGGCAUUGAAGGAGAUGUGCAGAGUAAUUGUGAGUCUCCAAGGGUGUUGAAAAGGAAGUGUUGCAGCAGGCACCCACUGCCCCCUUGUGGCCAGCACUGUGCCAAACACUGGCACAGGAAGCUAAUUUGUGAAGGCCAAGAGAGCUGUGAGCUACAUGAGCAGGCUCGGGUUCACCCCAAAGGAGAGUGCUGUGAAGAGCAUUGUGAUCCGGCUAAGGCGGAUAAGCGAAUUCAAAAGGGUGCCUUGUGUAGGCCUUGUAUUGAACAACAAUGGAGAGAGGGUGUUGUGUCUGACCAAAUGAAUUUGGCAAGCUGUGGAGCCAAGCCAAGGUCUUUGAGGCAAGUUAUUGGACCUCAAGAUCAAGGGAGAACUCCGUUGAAAAGGCCCUCUUGUAAGACGUUCCUUCAGCAGAGGCCAAGUGAAUAUGACUGCGAGACUGAAUUGACCUUCUGCCAAAGGGGCAGAGGUUCACUGAAGAAAAGGGGCACAAGAUAUUAA